AUGAUGAGAAUGAAGACUAAAGCGACAGGGCUGUCCCCGGUGACAAAUGGCGGCUCAGCUUUUGGCGGUGGAGGUGAACCGGCUGCUCAUGAUUGGGAGCUUAGACCGGGAGGCAUGUUGGUACAAAAGCGAAGCCCGGACUCCGAUCGAAUCUCCAUCCCACCGCCGACUAUUAGAGUUAGAGUCAAAUACGGGUCCAUCCACCACGAAAUCAGCAUCAGUUCUCAAGCUACAUUCGGGGAAUUGAAGAAGAUGUUGACAGGGCCAACAGGAUUACACCAUCAAGAUCAAAAGUUGUUAUACAAAGACAAAGAGAGGGAUUCCAAUGCGUUUCUAGAUAUGGCAGGUGUCAAGGACAAAUCAAAAAUUGUUUUAGUUGAAGACCCAAUUAGUCGAGAAAAGAGGUUAUUGGAGAUGAGAAAGAAUGCUAAGAUGGAGAAGGCUUCUAAAUCUAUUUCUGAAAUCAGCUUGGAAGUUGAUAGGCUUGCUGGCCAGGUGUCAGACCUUGAAUCAAUAAUUACUAAAGGUAGGAAAGUAGCGGAGAAAGAUGUGCUUAAUUUGAUUGAGCUGUUGAUGAAUCAGUUGCUUAAAUUGGAUGGGAUUAUGACUGAUGGAGAUGUCAAAUUGCAAAGAAAAAUGCAGGUGAGAAGAGUUCAAAAAUAUGUUGAGACAUUGGAUAUGUUGAAGAUUAAAAACGCUAUGCCUAGCAGCAAUGGAGGUCAAAUGGAAAUGCAGAAUCAACAUAGGCAUACAAAUGUGCAAAAACUAGCCCCAAUCCAAGAGCAGCAAUCUGGGCAUUUAAACGGGCAAAGACUAGCACCAAUUCAAGAGCAGCAAUCAAGGAACUCGGUUGCCCAUUUGCCAAUCCAUCAACAAUACCAGUACCAGCAGCAGCAAUCGAGGCAUUCGGCAUCGGAGGCGGUAGUAGUCACCACGAAAUGGGAGACAUUUGAUUCUUCCCCAUCAUUGUUGCCGGUCCCCUCAACAUCUAUGUCUACAUCCACAUCGACCGCCAAUAAUUCAGUCCCGCCAAAGUUCCCUUGGGAAUUCUUUGACUAAGCAGUAUGCCACGUCUCUGUGUUUUCUGUGUGUGGAUGUGCUUUGGGUUUGUCUUCCGUUGGGUUUGUUAUCUCUUUAUCGCUUCUUCUUCUUCCAUUCUUUCUGUACUUAGGUUUUCUUGGGCAACCUCCUUUUUUCAAUCUGUCAUUCAGUUCACCACAAAAUAAAUGGGGAUUCCACCACAGUGAUUAUCAAUUACUAUGAUGAUUAUAAUUAAAAAACUGUUACUCGCCUGGUAUUUUAUUGUCCUUGAAUCCAUCUUCCAAUUUGUACGAUCCCCCUUUUGAUGGUGACAAACUCGGGGAGGUGUAUUUUGGCUGCCUAAUGUGUAAUCUCAAUAUGUCCAUUUCUCAGCCAAAUGGAAUGGAACAAGGUCAAUUGUAAUUUAUUUGUUGUCCGAGUCUAAAAGCAGAAUAGUGAUUGCUGAAAUUUGAGAAAUACUAUAUUUAAUUUUUAUACCUUGCUUACUGUGGGGACUGUAUGCUGACAAAAAGCGGGCGGUGUUAAAUGGAACGGAUUUUGGUAAUCUAACAACUAACCCGUCCAAUGAUAGGGAGCCAAGACUGAUAAAAAAGUGCAAAGGACAUGUAGGCGGUGGAUUAAUUUAACCAUUUUAAAAGGUAAUACGUGUGUUAGGAUAUGAUUGUUUUUACAAGUGUCCCUGAUUCCAAUUUCAGAAAACCUGCCUUAUUUGGUUGCAGUCCCAAUGAUUUUAGCCUUGAUUGUUUUUACAAGUGUCCCUGAUUCCAAUUUCAGAAAACCUGCCUUAUUUGGUUGCAGUCUCAAUGAUUUUAGCCUCCUACUCGAUAUAAAAGGAACAGGGCCACAUCGAGAUGGAAUAAAGAAGAAGAACACUGAGUUUCAUCGCCCUACCCUGCAUUUUGAAACAACGAUAUCAUUAACAUUUAUACCGUUUUGCAUUAUUAAUAGUCAAUAAAGGGCUUGAGACUGGUUCAUGGUUGGAUCUCGGAAGUGUAAGAAUAAGAAGCGACUCAAAAAGAGUGUUGGUUUAAAAUAAGUGUGUGUACUCUCACGUCUUGAAAGUGACUUGAGAAUGGUUUCAAUCCAACCGUAAUUAUAACAUAAUAAUU